CCCAUGGCGGUUAUGACAAUUACCUUUCAAGUUUAAAACAAUUAAAUAAUGCUUUCACUAUCUUGGAAAAAAAUGCUGACUUUUCUCCUAAAAUUUCCCAAAAAACUUUGCCUGGAAAUAAUCUCAAUUUUAGUUUUCAAAAAGUUACUUUUGUUUAUCCUGAAACUAACAAAAAAAUAUUAAACAACUUUUCUUUUGAUUUUCAAAAAGGAAAAAAGUAUGCGGUUAUUGGUCCUAAUGGCAUUGGCAAAAGCACUCUAGUUAAAUUAAUAGUUAAACUUUACAAACCACAGCAGGGGACUAUUGAGUUAGGCAGCACAGAGUUAGAAAAAAUUGAUAACUUUGGUUUGCGGGAGAAAAUAGUUUAUUCGCCUAACCAUUCUUCUUUUUUUAAUACUAGUUUAGGUAAUAAUAUAUUUUAUCCUGAAAAUUAUCAAGAAAAUGUUCAUAAAGAAAAACUGGAAAAUAUUGCUAAAAAAUUAGGAAUUGGGGAGUUUAUUGACCAACUACCAAACCGAUGA